UCGAUUAUUUUAUAGAAUUUAACUCGAAUGUGGUGUGAAAAAAGUAUUAAUCUAUUUAAAAUCCAUUGGUCGAUUAAUCAGGGCGCAAGUAUGAAGGCCGUGAAGGCUAGUAUAGCUAACACUCUGUUGGGCCUGAAGAAGGCUGGAAGUACCAGUUGUCUGGCCCCACCGGCUUCCAGUACUGGUCUGGCAUCUCGAAGUCUUCCCCCAAGUCCCUGUGCAUCCCGCAAGAGCUCAUUGGCUGGAGGUUUGGGAAUAAGUCCUGACCUCUUGGAGGGUGCUGAGCCAAGUGUUGCAGCUCCACUUAUGGCCGGCGAUCUGGACGACGGUCUUAUGUCGAGGGCUAGGGAUACCGGCAAGUUCUUGUACAAGUACCUGGAGCCGCGGGAGCGCGUCGAAAAGAUCAACGUCAUGAUGGGCAAAUUGAAGAACGCAUUGGACGCCGAAACUACCUCGAGAUUAGAGCUGUCCCAGAACGUGGACAGCAUGAAGCUGAUCGCCCAAAGCGAUCUGCGAGUGCAGGCUUUAAGUGUGCUGCUUCUGCAUUACUGUGCCGGCUUGCAACACGCCCAGGAGGCGCUUGACCGACCGGAGGCUGGCAAAGAAUCUUAACAAGAACGCGUUCAGCAGCUUUAAAGGAGAGAAAAAGCGUUUCUUGCAAAAAGAAAAAACAGACGCGGAAAAUGUAGCGGUAUUUGAUAAUGAAAUAAUAAUGGUUCGCAUUUUUUUCACUGUAAUGAGCCAUGAUUAGAUGGCGUAAAUGCGACGCUGCAUCGAUUUUAUGAUGCUGAUGUCGUUUUUAAUAUUAUAUAUUUGUUAUAUUGUUACCAGACUGUUUGAAAUACUGCACAGAGAUAUUUCUAUUAUUAUGCACAGAAAAAUAGGGAGCAAGGAUCCAACAGUAUUUAUAGACAUUCCAUUGAUGCAAUUAUCGGAAUCACAAUUGUAUCUUGUACGUAUGUUACUAUUUUUCUUCUUUUUACUAUUUACAAUAGUAUUUUAAUAUUUUCGAAGAAUACGUAUGUAUGUAGCAUUAUUAUAACGUUACGUAACGAUACAUUUUCCAAAAUUUGGGGUUUGAUGUAAUAUUCUAAACAUGUAAUGUUUGUAGCAUCACAUUAUGAAGAAGUUUAAAUAUUACGCCAUAGUUGUUCCAAAAUAUUCUACAUUAGUCAAUAUCGAUCGAGUUAUUCAAAUGAAAUAAAAAUAAAUAAUAAAAUAUAAUCAUCGAUUUAUUCGGUCAAACUUCGGCUCUGUAAUGUGGCCAACUUUUAACGGCAAAUAGAAUAAUUUUGACGGGAACAUUCUUCUCUUGAAAUUUUAAAUAAAGAGAUCUCAUA